ACAGAAUGUGUAGCAGUUUUGCAUGAAUUUCAGCCAAUUUCGAUCCCAGGUCUAUCACUGUUUGCGUGCACAAGUAUCUGUGUCGGCGUUACGAUGCAGCCCCCAACAUGUUUUAUACUUAUGUUACUACUUCUCAGAGCUGUUGACGGAUAUUUCGACUGUCGACGUCAGGGAAUGUCGUGCGUUGCUGGCGGAUGCAACCUCGUCGACGGGAACUGCGCAUGUCCGAUCGGAAUCAACGGGACAGACUGCGGCUUGAACAUCAGUGAGAUAAACGCCACUGCGUGCGAUCCCAGCUGUGAGCAUGGCGGGACGUGUCUUGCGCAGACGACCGGGAACCAGUGUUAUUGUCCCGAGGUGUAUACCGGGAAGACCUGCGAAAAGCGACGAGCUAUGGUGGAGUGUACGGGUGCCAAUAUGACGAUCACUGUGUAUCCGUACACCGGAUUUCACGGUCUGGUGUACGUGCACGAACAACAGCAGGACGCGACUUGCGACUUUGAUACACUACAAGACAGUGACGGUGCGAACUUCUUCGAAAAAACCUUCGAUCUGGAAACAGGAUGUGGAGCUAUAGUGAAAAAUAACACUCCUAAGGCCGAUGACCGCACGUUUGAAAGGGAGAUAAUCAUCCAGUACAACCCCAAUAUGCAGACGGCCCUGGACCAGUUCCUCAACAUUUCCUGCGUCCACAAGGCAAAGGAGCUGACCACUCUGAGCAGUAACGUGGAAAACCUUCUCAUCGAAAACAGGGGCAAUUUAUCCCGGGACAAUACAAGUUCUGAAUACACACCUGUGGCCUUGGAAAUUCAGAACAUUGACGGCACGCCAGUGCAUGGGGCGGUCUACGUGGGAAGACCGCUUCGUCUCUAUUUCUUUCUCACAGACUUGGCAGUGUAUGAUAACCUCAGAGUGGAAGACUGCGUCGCUAAGAAUGGACUGGCAGGAUCGGAAAUGAAAAACGAAACCCUUGUCAAAGACAGCUGUCGGCAGCCCAGAGCCAAUCAGAUCCUGCGCGGGGAGAUGGAACAAGACGCCAAGAAAGGCGUCAUCAUCAAGUUUGACGUCUUCAAGUUUGUCGACACAAACAUCAUAGAGUUCGAGUGCAAAGUCAGAGUCUGCAAAUCAACGGACACACGAUGCGACCCGAAAACCUGUAACGGAGAACUCAAUGGAUUAGGCAGGCGCAAGCGCGAGACGCCAUCUGGCAAAAAAGAUCACGUGGUUGUUAAAGAUAGCCUCUACGUCACCGACGUCAUGCGCAGCUCGUCGACUCAGUCCGUUUCGCCUCCGCGUGCGCACGAAUGUCUGCAGAUAUCUGAGAUACUGAGCGUGAUCAUCAUUCUGAGUUCCGCAGUGAUCAUCCUAAUGUGCGCCACCUGUUGUCUCACUCUUGUACUCGUGAGGAGAAAAACUCACCAGAAAACCAAGUCCUCCGCCAGCACGUCGCAAAUGGAUGUGUCGUCAACGAGUACUUCCGGUAGCUCGGGGCACAUGCGCCUUCCUCGAAUCAGAGUUUGGUACUGAAGUUAGCGCCAUAAUAUAAAGGAUGACGAGCGUUCGCGAACAAUUUUCCUGGUUUCAAACAUACCGUAUUUUAUCGCAUUCAUUUAACUUUGGUCGCAACAAAACCAGUCUAGUGACCGAGUGACCGCGAGCGCUCGACCUCCUAAACGUGCAUCUGAAUAACAGCUGUUUUAUAGAUGCUAUUCACUAUACAGCUACCACUAAAAUAGUCCCCGUGAAAGCAAA